GGUGAUUGGAAGCUCAAAAAGAUCUGUCUGGGGAGGGCGUGCGUACGCGACACCGUGCCCGGUGCGCGCAGGUCGGUCAGGGGAAGCGCGUGCACGUGCACUAGCUCGAGAUUGCCCAACAGGUGUGUGUUUGAAGUUAGCUCCAGUCCGGCAGCGGGUCAGCGGGGCGCUGUGGGACCUGUAUCCGGCCUCGGAGCUACGCAGGCCGUAUAACUUCACCGAAGAGCCCCGGCAGGUUAACGCGGUCAGUUCGGUUUGCUGUUUGCGGAGUCAGCGGUGACCAUGCCGGUCAGAAACGGCUCCAUGAUGGACGUGCUCGCGGAAUAUGUGAAGAUCAAGGCUCAUUAUGGAGGAGACAUGCUGAUUUCAGAUCUGGACUCCAGCCUGACAUUCUCCGAGCUGUGUGAGGAGGUCAGGGAGAUGUGCGGAGUCCGCAGGGAGCUGCUAAUCACGCUGAAAUGGAUCGAUGAUGAAGGUGAUCCAUGCACUAUUUCCUCUCAGAUGGAGCUGGAUGAGGCAUUUCGGAUUUACAGCAGAAACAAGCGAUCAGGACUCCUGCUCCACGUAUUCCCAAGCAUUCCCGAGAAACCUGGAAUGCCGUGUCCAGGAGAGGACAAGUCCAUCUAUCGGCGCGGUGCUCGGAGAUGGAGGAAGCUGUACAGAGUGAAUGGACACCUUUUCCAGGCCAAGCGCUUUAACAGGAAAGCGUACUGUGGUCACUGCAGUGAGAGGAUAUGGGGUCUGGGGCGACAGGGUUACAGGUGUAUCAACUGUCGACUGCUGGUUCAUAAGCGCUGUCAUAAACUCGUCCCUCUGAGCUGUCAAAGGCAUAUGGAUCCAGUCAUGCCCUCCCAGGAGCCGUUGGUUGAUGAUAAAAGUGGAGAUGAUGAAGUGGAGCUCCCCCCGGAGGACCCGGAGGAGACAGACACCAUGCCCUUCUUGGCUCAUAACCGUAAGGUGGAUAAACCUGAGGAUGAUUCUAAGGAUCUGAAGGCGGUGGUGGACGGGAUGGAGGGGCUCCAGAUUUCAGAGGCUUUGGGUUUGGCUGAUUUCGAUCUGAUCCGUGUGAUUGGACGGGGGAGCUAUGCUAAAGUGCUGCUAGUUCGGCUAAAGAAGAACGAACACAUCUACGCCAUGAAGGUGGUGAAGAAGGAGCUGGUACACGAUGAUGAGGAUAUAGACUGGGUUCAGACGGAGAAGCACGUGUUUGAGCAGGCCUCCACCAACCCCUUCCUCGUGGGUCUGCACUCCUGCUUCCAGACGGAGAGCCGGCUGUUUCUGGUGAUCGAGUACGUAAAUGGAGGAGAUCUGAUGUUCCAUAUGCAACGGCAACGGAAACUUCCAGAGGAACACGCCAGGUUCUAUGCUGCUGAAAUCUGUAUCGCUCUGAACUUCCUGCAUGAGAAGGGCAUCAUCUACAGAGAUCUAAAACUGGACAAUGUGCUUCUGGACCAGGACGGUCAUAUCAAGCUCACGGACUAUGGCAUGUGCAAGGAGGGAAUCAGACCAGGAGACACAACCAGCACUUUCUGCGGCACUCCUAACUACAUCGCUCCAGAAAUCCUGAGAGGAGAAGAUUACGGGUUCAGUGUAGACUGGUGGGCUCUAGGUGUGCUGAUGUUUGAGAUGAUGGCUGGCAGAUCUCCUUUUGACAUCAUCACUGACAAUCCUGACAUGAACACGGAGGAGUAUCUUUUCCAGGUUAUUCUGGAGAAGCCGAUCCGUAUUCCUCGCUCUCUGUCUGUUAAAGCGGCGAGCGUGCUGAAAGGUUUUCUAAAUAAGGACCCCAAGGAGAGGCUGGGGUGCCAGGUCCAGACAGGCUUCACUGACAUCAAGUCCCAUACAUUCUUCAGAAGCAUCGACUGGGACCAGCUGGAGCAGAAGCAGGUCACUCCACCGUUCAAACCUCAGAUCACAGACGACUACGGCCUGGACAACUUCGACACGCAGUUCACCAACGAACCCGUGCAGCUAACGCCGGACGACGAGUGAGUGAACUCUAUAGUGCGACCCUCUACUGCUAGUGUGUGUCUAUGGAGGCUCUAAGGCUGUGCACUUGAUUCUAUACACCUGUUAGUAGUGAGUGUGUCUGAAACAGCUGAACUCAACAAUUAGGAUGGCUGUGCUAAUACAUUUCUCCAUAUAGUGUUUAACAUGUAGGUGUCAUGGAAUAUACAAGAGCCUUUAAAGGAGAAUGUAAGAAGAUAUGCAAAAAUCAAGAAAAUGCCCUCAGACCCCAGAGGGGAACUACUCCAAUUAAAAAAAAUUCUCCACAAUUAAGUGGUUAAGAUGUAAACAAAGUGGUUCAGAUUUUUUUUUUGGUUUCUAGAGAAACUUAUCGA